CACCACCACCACCACCCCCACCAGCAGCAGCACUCGGCAUCCCACCACGGCCACCCGCCCGCCGCCCAUCCGCCACAGCCGCCCCAGCAUCACCAUCACCCGCACCACCACCAUCACCACCCACAACAACAACAUCCGCAACAGCAGCAGCAUCUCCUCACAGUCACGCCCGGGGGCGGAGGCGAAGAUGGCGGCGAGACGGACUCGGCGUACUCGGACAACGCGUCACUUCCAUCGUCUGAGUCGUUCACGUCAAUGGCGACCGUGUCCUCGUCUGCUGACACGACCUCCUCCUCGUCCGGCGAGACGUGCAGCAUGAGCAGCGCCCUGUGCGGGCCCGCGCACGCCGAGAGCGAAUUCUGGAGGAUCACGACUCUCUGGUGGAGAGCAUGGUGAUGUGGACGCGAGACUCCAAGAACAAGGUCAUGUUUGAGGAGAGGAUGGACAAGUACGACCUGUUCCGCAAUCCUGAGAAAUACCUGCUAAAUUCUUCCACCAUGAAGACAGGACAGCUGACUCCACAACAGAAAGAUAAACUUAUACAGGAUUUCUUUGCCCCCGAUAACGUGUGUGUCCCGUCUAUGGAAGGCGCCCUGUACUUGAAGUCUGACGGGAAAAAGGCCUGGAAGAAAUUCUUCUUCGUCCUCCGGGCCUCUGGUCUCUACUAUAACCCCAAAGGAAAAGCCAGCAAGAACCCCAAGGACCUGGUGUGCCUAGUACAGUUUGAGUAUGUGGAGGUGUACCGUGGCCUAGGCUGGAAGAAGAAGUAUCAUGCGCCCACCGACUACUGCUUUGCCCUCAAGCAUCCUCAAAUCCAGAAGAAGACUUCCAAGUACAUCCGAUACUUUUGCGCUGACUCUGAAGUAGCCCUGGAUCAGUGGGUCAUGGGUGUGAGAACAGUCAAGCUGGGAAAACAGAUGCUUCAUAAUUACGAGCAUUUAACGCACGAGAUUUCAAUGUGGGACAUGAGACCCCCGGAGCCAGGAGGGAGCUCAGUGCCGCCAGAUGACACGCUGUGUCGCAUGCUAAACCAUGCUGACCUCAGCGACAGCCGCAUGUCAGUGCCGGAGCCCGGGUCAAGACACUCCGUCAUACAGGUGCACAACUCAACCUUGGUCAGGAACUCAGCCAGUAUGGGAGAGGCUGGCCGUGACGUGAUGAGCAUUGAGGUUCUAGCCAUUCCACCUCGCAAAGGCUCAGAAUCGGGUGGCGGUUCGGAUGGAAGGUCUCUGAGUGGGUCUGUAGGCAGCUCCUCACUGAGCUCAGCAGCCUCCGAGGCCGGCCAUAAAACUCCGGUCAAGCGCGUCUCCUUCAGCGCCACACACAGCAUCAUCAACGGAGACUCCGGCGAGCAGACGGUCAAGCACCGCGACUCUAUCAUCAGUGCCUCCACCGACUCCAGCGAGGACUCCAACUCGAGUGGCGGAAGCGGGGAGGCCAGGCUGGGGGCCAGUUUCAGGGGAGGAAAGAUGCGGCCGAAACUCCCGCUUACCACGGAGACGACUCGACAGCUAGCGGACAUGUGCAACGUUACAGUAGACGAGACGCCCGAAGCGAUUUAUGCGGAGACUCCCCACCACCACUACAGUCGCACCAAUUCUUCUUCGUCUUCUUCCUCCGCAUUUACUCGCUCAGAGAGGCGGCGAGCAUCCAUGACUGAACGCAGAGGUUCUUGCGGUUCAGCUAGUUCCGACAGUUCUUCUCAACGUUUGUCUCAGCCGCGAGCCCCUCCUUUAUCCCCUCCAAUUAAGCAGCAUUCUGUGGACAGCGGGACGAUCUCAAGAAAACAAAACAGUCCUGUCCCAGAGGGAGCCUCAACAAGUCGUCAUGUUCGCAGAAAAAGUGAGUCAUCCGUCAGCGCUUUAAUAGAGGAUGACACCACUAGUUCUGCUCCAGCAAAUGGCUCCAUGUAUGGGUCGAAUGCACUCUACUCCACCGUGUAUUCAUCAGUAGCUGAAGAAACUGGCGUAGUUUCUGUCCCAAGUGAGUCACAACAGCCUCAUGCUGACACAGAGCCCCUGUACAACCAGAUCCGGAGCCCAACCAACACAGCCAGGCGUCCUGCAAAGGCACAGGAAUCAGUUUCUGCAAUUCCACCUCCCCCUCAGUUCCGGGAAGAUGGAGCCGCCCUCCGCACCUCUGGGCACGAACCAUCUCCACCUCUUCCCCCUCCUCCCCCACCGGUAGCAUCUAUGCAAGUCCCUCCUCCCCCUCCUCCCAUCGCUCCUCAAAGUUCUUCUGCUCAAUCCUCCGCCCCUCCUCCUCCCCCUCUUUCAGCACAUCUUGGGGUGAAGGAAUCUCUCUAUAGCUCUAUCACAUCCUCUUCUUCCUCCGCUCAAUCUGCCAAGUCCUCCCCUCCCCCCACUCUGCCAAAACCUCAGCACAGCAAUCAUGGACCCAUCAGUGCACCUCAGCAAGCACCUCCACCUCCACCUGUAUCGGCAAUGUCUCAGCCGCCACCACCCCCACCACCACAGGCACCAGCUGCACCUCCAUCGUCGUCUACAGCAGCAGCAGCUACUGCAGGGCUUCCAAAACAUCCGCCACCUCCUCCACCCCUGCGAAUGGCCAGCCACGAUUCUAUUGCUUCCUCUCAGUCUGGCUUCGACUCUACCAACAGUUCACCUCGUCACAUACCCAUGCCGCCUCCUAUGCCACCUAUCACACCGAAACUUCCGCCACCCACGCUACCCAAAAGCUCACCGGUAGCUCCUGCUCCAAACUUGCCCACAAACACUAUGAAGACACCCCCUCCCCCACCGCCACCCGGCCCCCCUGGCCUGAUGGCGAAUCAGAAGAAAAAACCUGGGGCACCAGGCGUGGAGCCAAAAGGAAAGCCGCCCCAGGGCAGCAGUGUGUCAAACACGUCAUCACUCCCGCACAAUAGUCGUUUCAGUGGCGGACAAGUUGAGGACCUGGUGGGAUGCCCACAGUCUCCAUCUUUGCCCUUCCUGUCUGAACUCUCUAAGCGUUCACACCCAGAUGCAGCAGGAGCUGAUAAGUCUGGAGUGGAACUCCGCAAUGGUCAGUCGUCUCCCAGCGCUCAUCAGCACCGGAGAUCAGCCUCAGCAGGAGGCGGGGUAAGCAAAGGAGACCGCAAAGCUCCACCCCCUCCUCCUCCCAAGCGUAGUGAGAAUACACGCUUGUCAGCAGACGUCGCUAAACCUCCCUCCUCCCCUGCUCUGGCCACCGCCGACCCUGUUCAAAAUGGAGCUUCUGGUUUGAUAUCAGAUCCAAUUUACGAAAACUACGAUGGUAUUAUGGAUAUUGAUGAGCUCCCUCCUCCACCUCCAGAGCUCUUGGUGGGACUAUCUCAGUCAGAGAGUGAUUCUUUCAGAACUUCUGGGUCAGGAAAAAAGCCCAAGCCUCCUCCCCCACCCCCUAAAAGAUCCAAAGAUACUCAACUGUCUAGUUAUUGACCUCAGCCAACGUCAGUAACCUUUUUCUGAUCAUGUUAAAAAUUUUCGCCCUGGAUGAUGCUGCAAUGACAUUUGAACAGACCUAUAGUACAUCUGAAGUUUUGUGGUCAUCUGUUUGCUGCUAGAACAACUGUCUGUGAAGGGAAUAGUUUCUUCCUGUAUCACAGAGAGGGAAAACCUUUUCUAGCUGAUUUGGUAGACAACCAGGCCCUUUACGUUUCCAAUGAUUAUUUCUGGUUGCAUUCUUGGAAGCUGGAAAGUGAGAUCGCCUUGUUAUCAGCCCCAGCCAUGUUGCUAGCCCCAGCCAUGAGAGAACCCGCACCAUGUUGCUAGCCCCAGCCAUGAGAGAAAUGGCAAUCUGACUGGACAUCGUUUGAGCAGUAUGGCGCAUGUCACAGCCGAAUGUUUGUUUUUUUUGCCAUGGACUCACAGAGUGACAAAAGCUCACUACCCUGGAGUAAGAUCCAGCUUGCCGUGUUGGUAUUUAUGAAAACUUCCUCUGUAUUUAUCUCAGAUGAUAAAGGAGACGAUCACAACAAGAACAUGCAAGCUUUUCUGGAUUACCAAAUAAAAGACACUAGAACUAUUAUUGUUUUUCUCAACCAAGAUUUUAUAAUUUCAUAACCCUGUGGUACGUAUUACUGCAUAACCAAUGAUCAUGGAUGACUGUGUGUAUGCUCGUUGAAUGUUUGUAUUAUCAAUAGCAUUUUUUCAUCCUGUUCUUACUUACAUCGCGGUUCCUGCCUCCCUUUCACCCCUCAUGACAACCUGACAGUGUCGUGUUUGUACAAAUUAUUUAUUGGAGACUUGUGUGUGUUUUUUGUAGGUCUUUCUUUUAAUGACCAUGUUAGCUUCUGUCUAAUAGCUUUACAUAUCUUGUACCACCUGUCUAUAUACGUAUAUAUAUAUUUAUAUAUAUAUAUAUGUAUACAUACUUACUCAACAAUGCUUGCUACACAUAGUAAAUCAGUCUAGUAGCAUUAGAAGGUUGGUUGUGGUCAGUGUCUGUAGAUGUUACAGUGGGUUCAAAUACAUGUUCGAACUGAAGAUGUGGAGAGAAAUAGAGCAGGGCAGGUUUGUAGAGAUACAUACAGCCAAAGAGAGCUGUUUUUCUAUUUGCUAUUGCAUGCGAAUAUUAUCCUGUGUCUGUAUGAUUUUAGUUUAGGAAUAAACAAGUGCCGUUUAUGGCAAUAGUUACAGGGCAGGAAAAGACUUGUUUCUUUUGAUAUGUGGAGAUUAUCAUCUGCUUGUAUUCAGCACAGAAUUUUGUGACUCAAUACACAUGCUGAGGUUUUGUUUCGUGCCAUACACGCUGAAGUCACUUGAAAAUCCAACGCACAGAGAAUAUUCUCAUGUCUGUACAGUGCGUGCCACUGGUGAGCACAUGAAAUGCAUUAUAAUUAAAGCAUUAAGAAAUCUGAUUUUAUUAGUACUAAUAUCAAUAUCAGUUGUUUUAUUUCGUUUUCAUGUCUUUCUCUUCUGUUUCUUCAGAUUUUAUCUUUGGGUUUCUAACAGUAGUGCCCUCAGUGACUCAUUAGGACAAUAGGGGUAAACUUUUACCAAACAGCAAAUUAUCUUUUAGGGUCAAAGUUUAAUUUAUUGGUGCCAAAUGCUUCAGAUCUGUAAUCUCCUUUGAAUUCACCAUUGGAGAUAAAUUGAAUUGAAAGCUAAGUUAAUUUGUGUACUUCCCCAUACUGACCAGACUGUAAUUGUAUAGUUUCAAAGUUUUGAGCUCACCAACAUGAUCUUUUACCAUCUUUGCAUCACAUUUCGUCCUUAGGCAUUUUGCCAAAGGUCACAAAUUCCUAUCACCAACGAUGAUGUCAUUCAUACAUGUCUUCCAUCGUGAGCAGCUAAGUUGUGGGCCCAGACAUCAAAGCCCGGCUGUGCCAACUGAUUCCAUUACGUUCCUCUCUGAUUCUUCGAGGCCUUAGUAAACUGAGCAGAAAUCAUCAAACCCGUGAAGCACAUAAGUUCCUUCCAAGUCCUGACAUUCACGUUUUUUCCAAUUAUAACCUUUUUGUUUGAAAAAUAAGAUAUGCACGUGUGAAAGAACUCCUUCUAGUCAAUGCUGCGCAUACAAUUCAAUAUUGAUGGAGCAAACUUUGACCUCUAACUGAAAUCAAAAUUGUGUUUUUGAAUUCUAAUACUAGAGAGGUGUGAGUAGGUGGAAAAGGUAGGUUGAGGCCCAAGUGGUUUAUAUUUGUGAAAGAAUGUGAUGUGGUUUUGAGAAAAUCUUUUAACAGUAUUUUGUGCUUUGUGGUUUUCCCUGUUUUUGUUUGUUUUCAGAAUGAUGCAAGUUCCUUAAAGCUUUACUGUGUACCUGACCUAUUUGAUAAUGAAGAGCAGCUUUCCUUUGUACUCCCCCCCUCCUUUCCUUCAUCUUAUGUUGUGAUAGUCAUGAAGCAGAUGGCUACCUCAAAAACACUCUGCAGACUACAACAGUGGUCAACAGCACUUCACUUUAUUCCCUUUGAAAGUAUUGAAAGUACUACACAUGUUUGCGUUAGCUUCCAAAUCUGUUCUCUCAACAGUCCUUUGUCAUUCCUUCUUACUUUGUGGUGAAAUGCUGUUCAUAUUUUUGCUCUUUUAGUUGUUUUUUUUAUAUUGUCCUUUAUGUGCUACUUAUUCUGUUGCUAUCAAACUAUUUUCAUACCACUUCUGUGUGGUCUUACUUAUAGCUCGUCACAUUGCUUGAGGUACCUGAUAAUUCUGAGAUUGCCUAUGUAGAGAAAGUUUAGUCUGAGGAAUAGAUUUUGUCACUAUUUUGACAACUGUAUCACUGUGUGAGCAGGUGUUGUCCUUAUCCUGAUAUAAAUCAUAAGUAUUUUCUAAAUGUAAGUGAAGAAAAGUGCAUUCAAAGUUUCUGCAAGUUUGUUUUAGGUAAAUACUUAUCAAGUAGUUAAUUUUAAAGUGUUGCAAAAGCAGUGUUUGACAGUCCUUAUCAAAAACAUUAAAACAUAAAAAGGGUUCCUUGUAUUUAUUUUAUGAUACAAAUAAAUCAGACUGAAUGUCAGGUAGUCGUCCAAUCAAGAUUUGUAAAUGUGGCAUAACUGCUGAAAAACAUUUCACUCUCCUUUGAAAUUCACAUGGUCUACUAACUUCCUACACUACUCUGAGUACUUCAUUUCCUUGAAGAUCAACCUACUCCUUAUUCCUUCUGGCUAUUUGAUUCUACCA